AUGUGUUUGACUCGACAAUUCCUCCUCUGUUACGCAGCGGAGACAUGGGCAGACACCGACACAGAUGAUUGCUUCAUUAUAACAUCAACGAAAUCCGAAAUGGACGACUGCUUUAAAAUUCUGAAUGAACGAUCGCAGUACAUAAAACUCUCUCGAGAACAACAAAAAGAUGGUUGGCUGCCUUAUUUGAAUGCUCAAAUAAAACUGCACAAUGACAUUGCAAGUGUGAAAUGGUAUCGCAAGGAAAGCUCGAAAAACAUACUGAUAAACGCAAAGUCAGCCCAUCCUAAUGGCAUGAAAAAGGCAAUUAUCCGAAAUAUGGUAAAAACAGCAACAGCAAUGUGCACAGAGGAUAGAGAACGGGAGGAAUCACUAAAACUACCACAAGCAUAG